UGUAUUUCAGUUCGGCUUAGCAUCAAAACAUUUUUUCCACAACAAAGAAAUUAAUAAGUAGUAUUUCCUCUACAACAAUGAUAGAUGAUUCAUUUUAAUUUUUCCAGUAUCAAUAAACGGAUCGGAAGAAAUAUGUUCCCAUUCGUAUUGGAUCAAUUUGGAUUAGAAAUUCAUCAAUUUCAUAAUAAUUAUAGAUAACUUAACGCAAUUCUUUUUAUUUGGUUGUAAGUUCUUAUUUGUAACCAUGGAGCAAAUUUUUAUGAUCGAGGUUUUCGUAAAGAAAGUCGUGCUCAAAAUAGAGCCGCCAGAGAAAGAUGAAUAUGAGCUCAUGUUAGAAGCAGAAGAGAGGCGAAAAGAAGAAGAAGCUCGGGCGGCUGCAGAGGCAGCAAAAAAAGGUAAAAAAGCGAAACCACCGAAAGCAAAAAAGGGCAAAAAAGGGAAAAAAGGAAAAGAACCACCACCACCUUCCGAGGAAGAAAUGAAGUUCAUGCAAACCUGUACAAUGCAAAUGCUUUGUUUACCUUUAUUCGAUUUUUACGUUGCCCACGACAACUUCAUACCUCCUGAACCUCCACCACCACCAGGAAAGAAAGGAAAGAAAGGGAAACCACCAAAACCUAAGAAAGGCAAAAAAGGAGGUAUUCCUCCUAGAAAAAUUGUUCUACCUUCCGAACCCUUACCGCAACCUCCCUACUUUGGCGUAGGAAAUUCAGUUAUGUUCCUAUCUAGACCUUCAAAACUAGAAGAAAUGUUGACAAAGACCCCUAUUCAUAUCACUGUUUGGAAUAGGGAUCAAGAUAUGAACUGUAUAGGCUUCUGUGUUGUUGAGUGGCAUAAAUCAUUCAUAGAGUGUCUCCAAAGAGCAGGUGAGUUAAAUCCUGUCAAUAUGGAUCAAGCCGAAUACAGAGUUACAUCAAAAUCAGAAAUGAUCACAAAUACAGUUCAAUGGGUAAGACCUUUGCAAUGCGAGGAGGAUUUGAAAGCAUCAGGUGAAAUAGAAUUUUUCAUCCGAUUGUCUUGCUUAGGCAAUAAAAUCGUUAGCUAUUUUGUAGCGUUACCAGAAAUGGAGAGAUUGCCCGGACGUAAAUAUUUGUGUGACGACUUAAAAUUAAAAGACAUUGAAGUUGUUAGGCAUUGGGAAGGUACUACAAUAGAUGCUGUACCACCUGUGGCUUACUUUUUCGGUGCUCCUGAUAUUUCAAAAGAGCCUAUCAGACCUGUUGAAGAAUAUAAAGUGUAUGAAGAAUUCGUAGCUCCGUUUACUAAAAGUGAGUUAGCUAUACUUGCUAUGGGGUUUCCGAAAGGUCCUUGUGGGGGAACGAACUGUCCUAAACGAAUGGAUUAUAGAGGAAGCGAACAUCAGUUUAUACCCGGAGAGACUGUCAAAGGGAAGUAUCAACAUGGGCAGUUUGUUAACAAACGAGACGUCCACGGUCCUUGUGGAAGACUAGAUUGUCCUUUAGCAAAGAAAGUUCGAGCUUACAUUUGUUCUGAAGGCAGCUACAAGCCUUGUAAAAAACCGUGCCCUAUUGAUUACUAUUAAACUAACAAGAAGAAACUAGCAUGUUUGUUUGAUGAUAAAAAUAAACAGUGAUUUAUUAAUUUCCAUAUAAAUCAAAGGAACAAUAAAACCAGACAAAACAAUAAUGACUUUCUCUUUCUAAAGUCACCUCGCAAAAGUGGGUCAACAUUUUAAUUUGGAUAUAAUUUCGGUAGUAAAUGAAUCAUAAUGGUGUUA